AUGGUACUUAAAUUACCCCCAUUAGAAUUUACUGAAUGUCUGACAGAUUCACCCGAUUUUCGUGAAAAACUUCGACAACAUGAAAGUGAAUUAGAAAAUACUUCAAAUAGUAUUAAAACGUUGAUAAAAAAAUUAAAUGAAGUUAUGGUUGCUAAUAAGACUUUAUCAAAAGCAUCUAGAAGUGUUGCUGAAACAUUGAAAACAUUCAAAUUUUUUGUUGUUGGACAAAAGAUGAGCGAAGAAGAAAGAGAUAUUGAAUCAUCAUUAGCCUAUAUGGGCGAAGUACUUCAUCGAAUUGAAGAAGCACGUGAUUCAUUGAGUACAUCAUCAGAAGCCUAUUUGAAAAAAUUAGACGAAUUUCGAAAAACGACAAUUGGAAAAGCUAAAAUGAAAAAAAAAGAAUAUGAUAAAAGUACACAACGUUAUUGUACCGUUAUUGAAAACAAUUUAAAAAUGUCAUCGAAACGAGUCGAUUUAUUUCAAGAGGCCGAUGCUAAUAUGCAUAUGCAAACAAAAAAGUUUCGAGAAGAAAGUUUAGACUAUGUAUUUUUAUUACAACAAGUGCAAGAGAGAAAAAAAUUCGAUUUUGUGGAAACACUUUUGGCUUUAAUGCUGAAUUUUCUAUCAUUUUAUCAUGCAGGUUAUGAAAUUUAUAAAGAAUUUGAUUUUUUUAUCAAAUUUUUACAUCAUCGUGUUCUUAAGUGUCGAGAAAAUUUCGAUUGUUUUCAUCGUGAAGGAGAAGAUCUUAAACGUAAAAUGUUACAGAGACCUGAAGAACAUAUGUUGAAAAAUCAAGAAUUUAAUAAAGAAGGAUAUCUGUUUUUGGUUGAAAAAAAAGCAUUGAUUGGUACCACAUCAUUAACUAAAUAUUAUUGUCAAUAUAAGAAAGAUAUCGCAUUGUUACGAAUGAUGAAUUUUACUCAAACAAGCAAUAAACAAGUUAGUCCAGGUGAAUUAUUUGUUCGCACAUGUACAAUUCAUCCACAAGAUGAAAAAUUAGAUAAACGAUUUUUGUUUGAUGUACAUGCAAUUGAAAAAGGAAUAUCAUCAGAUAAAACAACAAUAUUUACAUUUCAAGCAAUAACAGAAGAAGAUUUUGAAAGUUGGGUGUCGGAAAUGGGCGGACAAAUUUAUGCACCCAAAGCACCGUUAUCUGCUCGAACAGAAAUGCAAAAUGAAUUGGACGAAGCUGGAAUUGAUUUUGUUAAAAAAUGUAUUCAAGCUGUGGAAAGAAAAGGACUGCAAGAGCAAGGACUUUAUCGUGUUGUUGGAAUGACAUCUAAAGUGCAUUGUUAUGUUUUUGCUUAUUUUGAUAGUCACAAGACAUUGCAACAAAAAUUAGCAACACCUGUUGAAGAAGAUAACACUGAUCUUAAAACAAUCUGUAGUGCAUUGAAAUUAUAUUUGCGAACAUUAAAAGAACCUGUAUUUACAUUCAAACUUCAUAAUCGUUUUAUCGAAGCAGGAAUGGUUGAUGAUAAAGCUGAACGUAUUCGUUCUCUUCAUAGCCUUUUAAAAGAAUUACCGAAACAAAAUUAUGAAUUAUUAUAUAUAUUGAUGUCUCAUUUAUCCAACGUAUCUCGUCAAAAUGAAAAAAAUCUAAUGACUCCCGUUAAUCUUGGUGUUUGUUUUGGUCCAUCGUUACUUCGUCCAGAAUUUGAAACUGUUUCAUCUAUUUACGAUAUAAAAUUUCGUAAUGCAAUUGUUGAAUUGAUUAUUACUCACUGUGAAAAAAUGUUUAAACCAACACUUGACGCACAAGAAAUUGAAGAAAUGGCUAGAUCAACCGAAAAUGGAGAAAAUUCAGUUAAUAUUAGUAAUUCAUUAUCCUCAUUAGCGUCCAUAACAAGACGGCCUCAUUCAGAAAUAGAAAAUGCUGAUAUUCGACGGCGAGGUCUGUAUAAUCCAGAUUAUAAUGUACGCACUGAGAGUAAACAUGUUUAUGACGAUGAAAAUCAGCGAAAAGAAUCUAGUUCGAGUAGUAGUCUCGAGUCGUUGAGUUCUAAAAGUUUUUUAUCAUCUGUUGGCGUACAUUCUGUUCCAAAUUCUUCUCCAAAUCCAUCAAGUCAAACACGUAUUUCUUCGAAUCUUUCGUCGUUAUCGUAUUCACGACAAGUAUCAUCUGAAAAUCAGAGUCGUUUAUCUGUAAAUAGUUUAUCUUCAAAAUUUGAUCCACAAACAUCCGAUAAAAGUAUGCCAGUUCAACGAUCAACGGCAUCAUCAUCAUCAUUAAUAAACACAAGAGCAUUGAAGAAAACUGUGACAAGAGCCACUACAUUGUACUCUUGUCAAGCAGAUAAUGAAACAGAAUUAUCUUUUAAUGCAAAUGAAUUAAUUACAAAUAUUAAAUCAUCCCGUGAACCUGGUUGGGUUCUCGGUACUAUAAACGGAAAAACCGGUCUAAUACCAGAAAACUAUAUUCAUUAUAGUCAUAGUGAAGAAUGA